AUGGCGUCCUACAUUAAGUACAUCUUCUUUGCAGCCCUGACGUUGUCACUGGCUAUUUCUCUGGUAAUUGAGCUGGGUCCGUUCAGUGUGGCAGUUCUUCCGAGGUUCUUGAAUGAUGAAGUCAUCAUCGGCUCUGGACCCGUGGCUCUAGGAGCUGCACAAAGACUCUACGAUCUCAGACAAGGUAACAGCAACACCGUCAUCACUAUCCUGGAAGAGCUGGACAGGCCAGCUGGCCUGGACUUGCCUGAGAGAGAUGAACAGGGCUUUCUCUGGGAUACCAGGGUUUAUGAAGACCUCUCCCAUUACACCUACUUCAAUCAGAUCCUCAACCGAGCAAUCACCGAGUGGAACUACCGACGCCGGGCGCCGUUUGCCUUCAUGAAAGGAUCUGAUGGACUGAGAAGAUUCGUCCCUUACCCCGUGCAAAACAACAUACACAUCAUGGAUAAAGGCGAUCAGCAGAAAUGCCUCUCCGGACUGGAAGAAAUUACCAGAAAUCAAGCCAGCCACAUACCAGAAAAUUUGGACCAAUGGCUGGUUCAGAAAUUCGGAGCAGGUCUCAGGGAUGUGUUCAUGAGGAAAUACUACAGGAAAUUCUGGACGAUGGACACCACAGAAUUGAACUCUGUCUGGAUUGGUGAGCAGGCUGCCGUACCAGACAUUGAAGAGAUCAAAACCAAGAUUAAAGAAGUAGACAACGGGACAAUCGUAAAAACUGUUGCCCCUGAACCCAGCACUUUGUUUCGUUUCCCCAAAUACAACGGGACAGGUGGAAUAUGGGAGGCAACUGCAAGACUGCUUCCUGAAGAAUGGUUUAAAUUCCACCAAAAAGUCACAGGAGUCAAUGCCGACGAGAAAGUUAUUACAGUGGAGGUAGGCCAGCAUACCAAAUCCCUGUACACUCUGAGAUACGAUACUUUAAUAUCCACGGUCCCUCUGGAUACUUUCAUCGGAUUACUCAAGACCAGUGACUCAUCUUUAGUACAAAUACAAGAGUUGGUAUCUCAGCUUUUGUACACUCACACCCACAUCGUGGGCAUCGGACUAAGCGGUCAACCUCCAAAGACCCUCGCCGAGAAAUCCUGGGUGUAUUUUCCGGACUCUGAUUCCCCUUUUUACCGCGUGAUGAUGUACUCAAACUUUUCUGAGGAUCUUGUUCCCAAAGCGGGCCUGUAUUGGUCGCUUAUUUGUGAGGUUACCGAACCCAUGAACAGUCGAAAUACAGUGCAGUGGAGCAAGACCAAUUUGGUAGAAGCGACNGAUAGACUCCUUAGUCUCUUAUGGAUUUAUCACAGUGAAAUGGUAGUCUCCAAACACUACAGGCGACUAAAUCAUGGAUACCCUGUUCCUUCACUAAAAAGGGACGUAGUUCUAGAUACCAUACAGCCCUGGCUCUUGUCCAAAGAUAUUUACUCCCGUGGACGGUUUGGCGGAUGGAGAUACGAGGUUGCCAAUCAAGAUCACUUAUUCAUGCAAGGAGUCGACAUUGUGGACAAAAUAGAACAGGGCGUUUCAGGGCUAACAUACUUGCACCCGAGUCUUGCCAACUCCAAGAAAAACACCGAUCGGGUCAUUCCACUGGACUACGAGUUCGUCAUCGCUCACUACAGCGAAGAUCUUGAGUGGCUGAAACCCUAUGCCGAACACACCAUCGUGUACCACAAGGGAAACGACCCGGGUCCGCCCUUCCGGUUACACGAUUGGGAGCGACUGGAGAAUGUCGGGCGCGAAUCUCACACGUACCUGCACCACAUCGUGACCAACUAUCACCAACUGGCCAACGUGACUGUCUUCGCCCAGGCUGACCACCUGAAGGGCCGCUGCUUCAAAGACAUCCACCAGUUUGUCUCCUCUGCCAAGAAGGGCGUCCCGUGUCUCGGACUCCUGAAACUCCACACCGACUGGGGACGGAUCCCUUUCACCAAAGAAUACCUGGAGAGUUUCAAAAACCGUCCAAUAGACAGAGCGAACGUGACUUUCGGUGAGUUCUACUAUCACCUGUAUGGCGUUCUUCCGCCAGCUAAGGGUAUUGAGAACUGCCGAAAUGGCUGCUUUGGAGCUACCAAGGAGAUGAUCUGGAAACAUCCCAUCGAAUUCUAUCAGAAAGCUAUGAGCUUCGUCAGUAAAUCUUCAAAUGGAGAGGAGGGCCACUAUUUGGAGAGAAUAUGGUACCAUUUCUUUGCUUGAAGAUGCGAGUUACUGUGAUCCACAUUGAAUUUAAAAUGGACGUCUGAGAAAUACUUAUUUAUUAAUAAAGCAGGGAAACAUACUGCCUGGCGAUAUGCGAGACUAUGGGGGUACAUGCCAGUGAGCUUAACGUUUGAGUGAUCAUCAAGCAACACUGUUGAUUCGCAUCUUCUUCAUCUUUGGUCAAACAAGUGCAAGAACAACAAUAGAAGCAGC